GCUGCUAAUGGUGAUGUCGCCCUGAGAAUCCCCAGUUUGAGCACUGGCAGCAGUAGAUGCUGUGCAUAGAGCGAGUCCCCCCCCGCCGUGCCUGGCCGUGUGUUUUGUCACUGGGUUUUGGAGCAGCACCACACAAAGCCCAGCACGAUCUGGUAGGAAACCAGCACUCGCCUGGUUAACAAACAGGCGCAGGGAAGAUGUGCUGCUCACUGCAGUUGCACAAGCUGAACCCCAGCCAGUUCUUCAUUUCUUAGAAAAAAAAACAAAGCCAUGUCCCAGACCAGUUUUCCCUUCAUCGCCAGUUGGCCAGAAGGAGCCCAGAUCCAGUUGCAGCCUGUUCUGACCCCUGGGAAUGGUUCUUGGGAAAGGAAGGACGUGGAUCUGUGUGUGGCGAAGCCUCUCGCCGGUGGGAAGUGGAAUGAAAGGGGCUGCUGCCUCGGAACGCAGAUUCUGGCUCAUGGAGGAAAGGAUGAGGAUGGGGUGGGAGCUGCGGGGAGGCUUGUAGGGCACACAGGACCUUAUCCCAGGCACCGUGAACCAUCCUGCUCCGGGACACGUUCCCGUGAGCUGCUGCGGUCCAGGCACCCAUCGGGAUGCCUCGGUGCGAUGUAGGACGCGCCGGAACGGGACACCCGACCCCACAGGAACCCCCCCGGCUCCCGGCAGCGAGGGGGCCAGGCUCGCACAUGCUCGCUGCCUUGUUUUGCAGAGCUCGGCGCGGCCGCCCCGUCCCGCCCCACCGGGGCCGCCCCCGGCCGCGCCGGGCUCUUAAGGCGGCGGAGGCGGCGGCGGGGCCGGGCUGCGCCGCGCCGCAGGGACGGGCUCUCGCCAUGCUCUUCGAUCGCCUCAAACGCUUCUCGGUCGUGCUGGAGGGCGCGGAGGGGGACGCCGCGGUCGCGUUCAGCCCCGGGCAGGCGGUGUCGGGCCGCGUGGUGCUGGAGCUGGCGGCGGCGGCGCGGCUCGGUGCCCUCCGGCUGCGGGCGAUGGGCGCUGCCCGCGUUCACUGGACCGAGUCCCGCAGCGCCGGCUCCAGCACCGCCUACACGCAGAGCUACAGCGAUCAGGUGGAGUUCCUCAGCCACCGGGACACGCUGCUGGCACCCCCAGACAAUGGUGAAGCCACCGUCCUGCAGGCAGGAAGGCAUGAGUUUCCCUUCACCUUCCAGCUCCCCGAGACCCUGGCUACCUCCUUCGAGGGGAAACACGGCAGCGUGCGCUACUGGGUGAAAGCCAAGCUGCACAGACCCUGGUCAACGGUGAAGAAAGUGAAGAAGGAGUUCACUGUGAUUGAACCCAUCGACAUCAACACUCCUGUGCUGCUGGCUCCCCAAGCAGGUGCUAAGGAGAAACUUGCUCGUGCCUGGUACUGCAAUCGUGGCCAGGUUUCUGUGACUGCCAAGAUUGACCGAAAAGGCUACACCCCAGGUGAGGUCAUCCCUAUCUUUGCUGAGAUUGACAACUGCACAAACCGAGUGGUGGUGCCCAAGGCGGCCAUCAUCCAGACUCAGACCUUCAUCGCCCGGGGCACCAAGAAGCAGAAGAAAUCAGUGGUGACCAGCAUCGUCGGUGACUCCAUUGCAGCGGGGAAGCGGGAAGUCUGGCAUGGGCGAGCACUGAAGAUCCCACCAGUGGGGCCGUCCAUCCUCCAGUGCCGCAUCAUCCAGGUGGAAUACUCCCUGAAGGUUUGUGUGGAUAUUCCUGGGACGUCCAAGCUGCUCCUUGAACUGCCACUUGUCAUCGGAACCAUCCCACUGCAUCCAUUUGGGAGCCGCACGUCCAGUGUCAGCAGCCAGUACAGCAUCAACCUGGACUGGCUGAGCACCAUCCCGGAGCAGCCGGAGGCUCCUCCUGAAUACUCAUCAGUUGUGUCCAGCCCCGAGGCUGAGCAGAGCCUGGCUCCGCCGUGCCGCAGUGAACGGGAUGGCAUCCUGGAAGGUCCCUUCUUUGCCUACAUCCAGGAGUUUCGCUUCCGACCACCUCCACUGUAUUCAGAGAUUGAUCCAAACCCUCCUUCAGACAACAUCCGCCCGCGCUGCAUGACCUGUUGAGAGAAGCGCAUCAGAUGCAGUUGACAGUGUAGUGAUCCCUUGGGAUGAAAGCUUUCACCCUCACAGCACUUGGGUCUGGAAAUGGAGACACAGUGGCUGUGAGACCAGAGCUCCUGCAGUGCCCGAGACCCUGGCUCCACUGCUGCCCUCAACUCUCUUGUUGUGACUGUCCUACAGACCAUCGCCAAGCGUGGUGUCGUGGACUUGUGCAUGGUAGGAGAACACGUGAGACUCCGGUGUGGAGCAGUUCCAUGUGUGGUUGGGCAGAACACGGAGGGUUAAUAACUGCCCCAGAAUUUGGGGGUUAAAACGGGAUGUUCAGCAUGAGCCAGGAUUGCUCUCCCCUUGCCUGCAGUGGCCAUGCUCUGACAACUCCUGUCAUGGAAAACAGGAGCUUGGAGGUAUUUCUCAGGAUCACUAGAGAAUAUUUUGGUGUGGCUUGGGUUUGUCCCAUGGUGAUGCAGAUGAAGCCCUUCUCCUGCAGUAGCUCACCAGGACUGCAGUUCCCUAAGAAAGCAGAAGGCCUUUUUCUGGCCAAAUGAAGCAGAGACUUCAUCCGCUGCUGAUAAUCUUUGCUGUGAGCCUGGUGAUGCCUGCAGGGGGAAUGAUUUUGGAUACCCCACUGAAAUUGUAAAGGCUUCCAUGGGCUGUUACCAGUGCAGAGGGCUUGGGGGACACAUUUAUGAUCUAUGGCAGUGUUUUGGUUCUAUUUACCAAGAACAGGAAAGCUGGUUUCUGUGUGUCAGCACCAAACCUGCGCAGUGUGCUGAUGCCUCCUCCAUGAUGGGGCUGAAACCAGCAAGCCCCAAAUUGCAGUGCAGCCAUGAGGGUGACAUCUCGCUGGUGGCCAGAGAGAAGGAAGCCAGGUCUGAGGCUGGUGGCAGCCACAGAUGCUGAUGGGAGAUGUGGAGUUGAAAUGAGCCCUUCAGGGCCAGGAGUCCUUCUCAGGACGGGCUUGAUCCUGCGCCCAUGGAGGGGUCAGUGGCCCCGGUGCUUUGAGGCCACAGCAGCAACCAGUGCUCACUGGUGUGGGAACCAGGGAGCUGGGUGUUGUAACAGCAGGACCUGAGCAGAGUUUGGGUGCUGAGGACGUUUGCAUUCCCUCACUGAGCCGAUCCUGCCCACAGGGCCGCUUGUUUCCUGCGCACAACCAAAGCCAAGCGCACCUCGGCCCCGUGCUGGGGCCGUGCUCUGCGCCCUGGGAUUGCUCAGAUGAUUCUUUUCUAUCUGUGAACACUUUUGUAACGACCACUCUCGUCUCUGUUCUUUUUGUACUGCUUUUUGUUGGGGAAUUCUUGUUGAAAUAAUAAACUCUUUAAACCCA